AUGGCGGCGGAGCGGGCGGCGGCUCCGCGGGCCCCGCCGCCCCCCGCCCCCGGCAGCGGCACCGGCCCCGCCGCGGGCGCCGAGCCCGCGGGCCGCGCGGGGCUGAGCCUGCCCGGCAUCCUGCACUUCAUCCAGCACGAGUGGGCGCGCUUCGAGGCCGAGAAGGGGCGCUGGGAGGCGGAGCGGGCCGAGCUGCAGGCACAGGUGGCCUUCCUGCAGGGCGAGCGCAAGGGGCAGGAGAACCUCAAGACGGACCUGGUGCGGCGCAUCCGCAUGCUGGAAUACGCCCUCAAACAGGAGAGGUCCAAGUACCACAAGCUGAAGUUCGGGACGGAGCUGGCGCCGGGGGAGAAGCCGCGCCCGGAGGGGCCGGAGCCGGUGUCCAACGGCCCUGCAGAGCUGCCAGCGCUGGAGGGGGGUCCCGUGGCCUGGAAGGAGGGGCGGCAGCUCCUGCGCCAGUACCUGGAGGAGGUGGGGUACAGUGACACCAUCCUGGACAUGAGGUCUCGACGGGUGAGGUCCCUGCUGGGCCGGAGCCCCCCGGGACCCCCGACCCCCUCCCGGCCCCCAGGCCCCGGGGAGUCUCUGCUGCUGCGUCGCAUCGAGGAGCAGAUCAGAAGGAACGCCGGGAAGGAGUCGGAGGAGAGGGGGGGCGGGGGGGGGAUGGAGCAGGUGCCGUUUCCCCCCGGAGAGGAUGAAGACAGCGAUGAGGAUGAGGAUGCUGAGAGCCUUCCUCCCCCCGGGCACCCCCAGCACAGGAAGCAGCGAGUCAAGCUCAGCCCCAAGCCCCUCCUGCCCGAGGUGGAGGACGAGGACGAUGACGAAGACUCCGAGGACGCGCUGGGCGAGUUCGACUUCCUGGGCUCGGGGGAGAACGGGGCCGGCCGGCGGCCCGGGGAGUGCCUGGAGCUGGAGAGUCGCCAGGGUCGGCUGCGGGGGGUGCUGGACCUGCCGGACGGGGACGGGCUCCCGCCACGCCCCGCGGGGCCACCGCGGCCACACGAAGGCUCUCUGGGCAUCUCCUCGGACGUGUUCAUCAUGGACAGCAUCGGCGUCAGCCUGGGGGACCUGGCGGACCUGACGGUCACCAACGACAACGAGAGCUGUGACGUGGCAGAGGGCCGGGACGGGCUGAAGAAGACGUGGAGCCCCAAAUUCACGCUGCGCAGCCACUACGACGCCGUGCGGGGCCUGGCGUUCCACCCCGCCGAGCCGGCGCUGCUCACCGCCUCCGAGGACGGCACCCUCAAGCUCUGGAACCUCCAGAAACCCGUGGCCCCCAAAAAGAACGCAGCGCUGGACGUGGAGCCGGUUUACGCCUUCCGCGGGCACAGGGGCCCCGUGCUGGCCGUGGCCAUGGGCUGUGACAGCGGGCUGUGCUGCAGCGCCGGUGUGGAUGCCCAGAUCCGCUGCUGGCGCCUGCCCGACCUCGACAUGGACCCCUACGACGGCUACGACCCUGGGGUGCUGAGUGGGGUCCUGGAGGGCCACGGGGACGCCGUGUGGGGUUUGGCCUUCAACGCGUCCGGGGAGCGCUUGGCGUCCUGCUCGGCCGACGGCACCGUCCGCAUCUGGGACCCCCGGCGGAGAGACGGGGCCUGCCUGGGGGUCUACGACGGCCACAGCGAGCACGGUGUCCCCACGUCGGUGACGUUCUCGGCCACCCAGCCGGGCCACGCGGUGGCCUCGUUCCGCUCGGGCUGCGCCGUCAUCUACGACCUGGAGGCCGCCCGGCCCGCCCUGGUGCUCGAGGCCCGACCCACCCCCGGUGGUGGCAGCAGCCCGGUGAACCAGGUGGUGUCCCACCCGUCCCAGCCCCUCACCAUCGCCGCCAGCGACGACCGCGGCAUUCGCUUCCUGGACAACCGCACCGGGAAGGUGGUUCACUCCAUGGUCGCCCACCUGGACGCCGUCACCUGCCUGGCCGUGGACCCCAACGGCGUCUUCCUGCUGUCCGGCAGUCACGACUGCUCUCUGCGGCUGUGGCACCUGGGCCAGCGGACGUGCGUGCAGGAGCUCACCGCGCACCGCAAGAAGCACGAGGAGGCCGUGCUGGCCGUGGCCUUCCACCCCCGCCGCGCCCUCAGCGCCAGCGCCGGCGCCGACGCCCUCGCCAAGGUCUUCGUGUGACACCCCCGGGUGGCCUCGGUGGCACCGCCGGGACUCGGUCACCUGCCUCGGGCAGGGGGGUGACACACGGGGGGUGGCACCGGGGUGGCCUCUGUCACCUCCCC